AUGGGUCACCAGAAGCUGGCUAUCUCCUGGUUUUCCGUGGUCUUGCUGGCAUCAUCUGUCAUGGCCAUAUGGGAACUGGAAAAAGACGUUUAUGUCGUAGAGUUGGACUGGUACCCUAAUGCUCCUGGAGAAACAGUGGUCCUCACAUGUGACACGCCCGAGGAAGACGGCAUCACCUGGACCUCAGGCCAGAGCAGUGAGGUCUUGGGCUCUGGCAAAACCCUGACCGUCCAAGUCAAGGAAUUUGAAGAUGCUGGUCGGUACACUUGCCACAGGGGAGGCGCGGUUCUGGGCCACUCGCUCCUGCUGCUUCACAAGAAGGAAGAUGGCGUUUGGUCCACUGACAUUUUAAAAGACCAGAAAGAACCAAAAAACAAGACCUUCCUGAAAUGUGAGGCAGUGAAUUAUUCUGGACGCUUCACCUGCUGGUGGCUGACGGCACUCAGCAAAGACCUGAAGUUCAAGGUGAAAAGCAGCAGUGGCUCUGCCAACCCCCGAGGAGUGACGUGUGGAGCAGUGUCUGCCUCUGCGGAGAAGGUCACAGUGGACGACAGUGUGUACCAGAAGUACUCCGUGACGUGCCAGGAGAGCGAUGCCUGCCCUGCUGCUGAGGAGAGCGUGCCCAUCGUGCUGGCGCUGGAAACUGUGCACAGGCUCAAGUACGAGAACUACAGCGCCAGCCUCGUCAUCAGGGACAUCCUCAAACCGGACCCGCCCAAGAACCUGAAGCUAAAACCUCUGCGGAACUCUCAGGUGGAGGUCAGCUGGGAGUACCCCGACACCUGGAGCACCCCGCAUUCCUACUUCUCCCUGAUCUUCUCUGUCCAGACCCGCGGCAAGAAAGAAAAGGUAAGAAGGCACGAACUCUUCACGGUCGAUACCUCUGCCAAAGUGUCGUGCCACAGGAAUAGCGAGGUCAGAGUUCGAGCUCGGGAUCGCUACUACAGCUCCGCGUGGAGCGAGUGGGCGUCUGUGUCCUGCAGCUAG